AUGCUUUGUGCUCACUGGUUGCCAAAACGCGAAAACAGUGCUUCUACAUCUUUGCCACUGAUUCAUUACGCACACGCCUGUGCGCUUGGCUUUGUGCUAUUAACUAUCCUUCGCCCGUAUGCCGAGCGGUUGAAUGGGGCGGCUCUCUGUGACUUUACAGCUGUUCAGUUGAGAGAACGAUUAAAAGAUCUGCAGGACUAUGUGAAGCGGACCGAGCAGGAAGCCCAAGGUGCGCACCGUCUAAUCGAUGCGUAUCGUAACAACCCCAGUCUUGGUGAAGCGAAAACCGUGGAACCCAAGGAGGAAUUGUGCAAGCGACGUUUACAGUCGCUAACCGCACUAUUGGAACAACUCAAAGACCAAUUCACUAAACUGGGCGGGGAGCAGUCACUCUCAAGACCCCAGUUCGUUCCAGAUUCCACACGAGGCAACAAUCUGCACUCUGGCCCCAGUUUCAACAGCUCAUUGGAUUCCGACCUGGAUGAGGAUCCAUCCCAGUCUGCUUACGGCCAUCCCGGUCAACCGCCCCCUCAGUCAAGAGGUGUGGGCCGUGCCACUGUUUUGUACGAUUACGAUGGUAACGGGCCCGAUUAUCCGGCUGCCAAAGCAGGCGAAAUAUUCUUUGUUCUUCAGCUGGAUGAGGACAACUCCGGUUGGACUAUGGUUGUUUCCGAGGACGGCUCACGCGAAGGCUUUCUCCCCACCGGUUUCAUCGAAGUCUCAAAAUACUAA